UUCUCUUCGAAUUUGGAGCGUCUUGGUAACCGGAAGUGAAAGUGGCGUCUUGUAUCCAAGAAAUCGAUACAACAUUAUCACAUUUUAGAUAAAACCUUGUUUUAUCUUGUCAGAUAAUGUUUUACAACUAGCAGAGUGUUGGUAUGUCAACAUGGCUUCCCAGAAGGUGUAUUUCAUCUUGGUUACAGUCUUGGUGAUUUUGGUCUCAGUGCUGUAUCAAAAGGAACAUGAUGGUGACAUUGAAUUGCUCAAUAAGGCAGUUGUACUGCAGGCAGGAAGACCAACAGUUUUUAAUUUUAUAUCUAACAUGGAUAAGUACAGUCAGUGGUUUCCAGAAGUAGGCAAGAUAGAAGCCUAUGAUCCCUCUCCUCUUGAUAUUGGAAAACAGUACAAAGAAACAGGACAGUUUCCAGCUUGGGGUGAUAUAGAGUACAAUCUUGUCAUCACUGGUUUCAGUCCACCAGAAUAUUUCAGCUUUACCUCAGGUUCGUGGAUGCUACUUCAUAUAGAAAUGUUGCUUAUAUAUGAGAAAGAUGAUCAGACAAGGCUGGAGUGGAAACUGCUAAGCAACAGGAGGAGUUACUUGUUUCAGUACACAAUGGCUCCAAUUGUGAGGUUAUUUUACGAAGGACGUGUAAGGCAAGCAUUAUGGAAUCUCAAGUAUACUUUUCGUUCCCGGUGAUAUCAAAGAAACAGAGGUUAUUUUCUAUUUAAAUCAAGUAAUUUGAGUGCAAUGUUUCUAUGCAAUAAAUGGUCAAUGAAAUGAGACAGCAUUGUAUUGAUGCACCAAAACUGAACGCUGGCUUUUCUGUGCAUUUUGGUAUUGCACUAUGUGUAGUUCAAAGUAAUAUUUACUAGGAGAAAAAGAAUGCCUUACAUUUUCUCAGACAUGAGCCUAGGUUUCAAAAAAAAAAAA